GAGAGAGAGAGAGAGUGUGUGUGUGUGCGCGUGCGUGCGUGCGUGCGUGCGCGCGACUGAGGGAGAGAGAGUGUGAGUGAGAGCGAGAGCGAGUGUGUGUAUGUGUGUGUGUACGUGGUAAGAUGGCAUCGAGCUGGGGAGGCGUAGUGUCGGAGCAGGCCGACCUGAUAUCGACUCGUCUCCGUCAGCUCGUGUCCUCUGGACUGCACUUUCUCCGUGAUGAGUUGGGGAUAGAUUUGGGGUUGAAGCCCGAGCUUUACCCGGCUUGGCUCAUUCUCUCCACGGCGCUGAUCGGCCUGUUUCUCCUGCUCGUGCUGGUCGCGGCCUGCGGCGGAGCUCGGCGCAGAAAGCAGGGAGCUGCUCGGAGUAAAAGCACCGCUGCUGUGAGCGCCACCGAGAGCGCAAAGGCCGCGCCGGUGAAAGCGCCCAAACCCGACGAGCCAAAGAAGAAAAACAAGAAAAAAGCUGCGGAAAAGAAGAACCAGUCAAAUGGCGGGACGGCUCCUGAUCCUCGAGAACAAGUCAAAGUCGUUAAGGAGUUCCCUAAACAAGCACCACCACCACCACCAGCAGCACCAGCAGCAGCAGCAGCAGCAGGACCACCUCCACCACAGCCACAAGCAUCUGUCGAUGCUAAAGCUGAGAAAGCCAAGAAAAGUAAGAAGAAACCAAAACCAGAGGUGAAACCAACCCAAGCUGUUUCCUCUACGGAUGGAAAGGAACCUGAUGAAGGUGCUUGGGAGACUAAAAUCAGUAACCGAGAGAAGCGACAGCAGCGCAAGAAGGAGAAGGGCCCUAAUGAUGAGUCAGGAAGUCCUCGUGGUGGUCAGCAUGUUGGUCAGCAAACAGAGCUGCCUGCAGUUACAGCUCCAGUGAACACCAAGAAGAAUAAAGAAUCUCUGAAUGUAAAGGCUGCGAAAAGUGAUGCCAAUGUAACACCAGUGCAAUCCACCUGGAAUAACGUGAGCUCUGUGAAUAGCGGAGGAUGGACUGAUAUUUCCGUGAAGCUUCCACCCAAGGGGAGCGCUCCAGACCAUGAGAAAUCGUCUGUUGCCAUUAAAACAUCUGGACACAGGACUUCGGAGCCAUUGGCCUGGGCUCAGGAAUCAGAGGCAGGGUCAUGGCCCACCAUGGAUGGACGAAUGAAGCCAGAAGUGAACCGAAUGAACUUCUCCAUGCUCAGAUUAAACCCAUCAGCUGGUGUUCCGGUGACUCAGUCUGCUGCUGAGGUGGGGAAUGGUUUCACCAAUGCUGACGAGUGGUCUGGAUUCAAUGGUCUUGGUGCUGUAGAUCCAAGUUCAGACUGGAAUGCUCCAACUGAGCUGUGGGGGAACUAUGAUGAACCUAAACCUGAAACACCUGCUGCCCAAGAGACACCCGUUUCCCAGGUACCCAGGUUGCAGGAAUCUGAUGAUGACAAGGAUAAAGGAGAUCCUUCUGGAAGUGGCAAGUCCAAGAGAAAGAAGAAAAAGAAGAAGAAGCCAGAGGAUGAAAAUGCUGGCUCACAGGUGACCACCGAGAGUUCGACUGCACCUGCAGAAAGUGGAUUCGUCAAGCCCCGUCCUCAUGUGCCAGUGGAGGAGCCGACCAAACAGAUCAUCGCUCCACAGUCAGGACAGAAGAAAUCUGAUCAGAAUUUGGAACCGCUGAAGCAAGUUCAGAAGAAAAAGGCCAGGAGAGAAACAUGAAUAACCUUGAUCUCUUAUGCAAAGGAUUGUCAAAAAAUGUUUAUGCAAUAAUUUCAGAGUACAGAAUUUUAUACCGAUUAAAUCUUCUGUGCUAUUUACAGAACAUCUUAAGUGAGUUGGGCCAAGUUGGCCAAAAAAAAAAAAAAUUAUUACAGCAAGUGGAGAACAACUUAUGCACUAUGCUAGACUGAUGUCUUGUAAAGGAUUGAUUAUUGUACUUGAUAUCAUGCACGCUUUUAGUGCAGUGAAAGAUUAUAUAUUGUUGUCCAACUGCUACUUUUGCGAUAUGAAUAGAAUUCGAAAAGUUUGUUAAUAUCACGGGGGGAAAUUUUAGAAUUUUGAGGAUGUGUGUUUUUCUUUCCAUUUUGAUUUCUCUUUCCUCUGGAACUUUUCUACUGCUGAAUUGCAUUCAGGAGUAUUUGCAGUGUAGCAGUUAGUGUUAGACACCACUGAGAGACACUGUGCCAUCAGAGCCAUCAUGAAGUGCAUCAAAAGUCAUCAGCAGCAGCAGGAAGAGACUGGUAUAUUACUGUAUUUUGUCAUCUGGAUCUGAAACAAAAGGAGAGUACAGGUUACUACAGAGAUAUUUCUAACACUAAGAAUAUUCUCAGUGCUUUUUUUUCCUGUAUUAAGUAUAUAUUUUCACAUAGAGAGGAACUGUACACACUUUUUGAAAUACUUGCUUUAUCUUACCUUGUUAACUGUUGAAUCAAUUUAAUGCUUUGUUUCUCUUGCAACCUCUUCAGUAGAAAAAGCCAGGCCAUAUGUACAGAAUUAAUAAGGGCUUUUUUUCUAUAAUUCUCUUUAAUUGCACUGUGCUAAAGGUUGUAAUAGUUUCUAUUUUCGUUAUUUUCUGAUCUUCUUGAAAUGUGAAUGUUUAAUUCUUGUCUAAUUUUGUUUUGAUAUAUUGUGAUGGGUAGAGGGGGAAGUGAUUUUUAAUGGCGAGAGAGUGGGAGAGUAACGGUAACAGCAGCUUUACCUCCAUUUCACUAUAAAUAGUAUCAGCAUCUGGAAUCUGUUGCCUUAAUCUGUUUUUUUUUGUUUGUUUUUUUUUCCUUUGUAAUGUAUACAUCUAACCGUCUCUCAAAUUGAAGUAAUUUUGGAAAGAGUUGUGGAAUUAUCAUUUCCAGUUUGAUGUCAGAGCUGCACUUACUGUUGCACGAAUCCUGUUUUAAAUCUUUAUAAUAAUCAUUAUCAAAUAAAUGUCCACAUUCUUUUUCCACUCAUACAAGUACUACUCUCAACAUAAAGGCUUUAAUGGAUGAGAAAUGCGUAUUGCUUUUCGUAGAACUGAAAUAGUGAAUUUCAAUCUUUCUUUUCUUUUUUUUUUCCAGGCUUUUUUUCAUGCCUUGCGACUUUAAUUUAAAUGUGUCUGUAUGUGGAUUAACUGGGAGUUUAUCCCAUGUUCAUUUUUGUAAAUUGUGGUAGAUUUUGCGUACCUAAGGUACUCUGGUUUAGAAUCGGACACCUGCCUUAGUUUUCCAUUAGAAAGGUGGUCAAACCAGUGUAUUUAUACCUGUCUUCAGAUUUUUGGAUCCGGGAAUGAUCAUGUUUACUGAAGUCGAUGCAAUAUUUCUAUGUUGAUUUGUUAAAGAAAUAAAACAUUUGAUCAUUGUUA